CUUCCCCGACCCUCUGCAAGCCGACAAGCCCCAGCUACCGCCACCCCUUUUUCCGGCCGGGAACACCGGUAAAACUUGGAGAAGUCUCCUCCUUUUCUCGUUCUAGGACAUCUACUCAACCCAGAACUUUUCCAGAUCUGCUCUCUUCCCUCUGCCGUGAGUUCCUUGCUGCUGGGUGCGCAUCUCUGGGCUUUUUCUGUUCUUUGUGAAUCCCGCCCCUGCCAUACCGCCAGAUCUGGUUUUGCUUGCUAGAAAUUCCGGUACUUGAUUAUUCUGCCCUCUAGCACUUGGGAUUAGGGUGCUGUUGGUGCGAUUGAGGUAAGUAAAUUAUGGUAAAGCCCUUCGAUUUUAAAGCAUGUUUUAAUUGUUUUUGAGAUGGUGGCAAGCUUUAAACUGAUUUUAUCAGUAUCUGAGUAUGAUUAAAUUGAAAUGUAAAUUGUGAUGGUUUUUAUGAGAAUUUCACUGUUUUCUGGAAUUGAACAUAAUUGGAAUGAAAAUGAGAAUUUCAUUGUUUUUCUGGAGUUAUUGCACCGAGCAUGAUUGGUUUGAAAUGAAAUUGUUUUCAUUGGUAUUGAGUACAGCAUGCCUAUUUGGAAUUGACUGAACUGUUUUGAUGAACUGAGAGUUUGCAAAUUCUGAGUUUUCUGAUAAAUCCAUGCCCACAUGGAAUUUUCUGGUUACUUUUGAAAUUCGGGAUUGAUUGUGAAAUUUGUAUUUUUCUGUAAAUUCUGCAUGGUUUUGUCUCGGAUAUGGUCAUGAUUACUGAUUACUGUGCCCGCUAGUGGGAGGUUUAUAAACGCUAGCACAUGU